AAUUUGUCAAAUCGUGGAAGAAAGUGGAUUGAAAUUUUGUGUAAUGUUGUGUUGUGACUUGUGAGUGAAAUAUUUAGUAUUUUGUAAUGUGGUUAUGUGUCCGUGUAGAUAAGGUGCGAUUGUGAUUGCCGUGUUGCGGUGAGGGAAUGGUGCCGGUGUGUCGGAGAAGAGCUGUUGAUCCCGGUACGAUGGGAAAGCUACUAUCGAAGAUCUUCGGCAACAAGGAGAUGAGAAUAUUGAUGCUUGGGCUAGACGCUGCUGGAAAGACUACUAUUUUAUAUAAACUAAAACUAGGUCAGUCGGUGACAACGAUACCCACCGUCGGUUUUAAUGUCGAAACUGUCACGUAUAAGAACGUCAAAUUCAACGUGUGGGACGUUGGGGGGCAGGAUAAGAUACGGCCGCUAUGGAGGCAUUACUACACAGGAACCCAGGGUUUAAUAUUCGUAGUGGACUGCGCGGACAGAGACCGCAUCGAGGAAGCACGCCAGGAGCUUCACCGAAUCAUUAACGACAGGGAAAUGAGGGACGCAAUAAUACUCAUAUUUGCCAACAAGCAGGACUUGCCUGACGCGAUGAAACCGCACGAGAUUCAAGAGAAGCUAGGGUUGACACGCAUCAGAGAUCGUAACUGGUACGUGCAGCCGUCGUGCGCGACCACCGGCGACGGUCUUUACGAGGGGCUCACGUGGCUCACCAGCAAUCACAAGUUAUGAGCUGCAGAGUAGGCGGCAUGACCGCCCGCUCUCUAAUGGUGAGGAUUUCGAUGCCAUUUAUUUUAAGUACGCGACCAUCGCCGCAUCGCCGGAUACAUAUUCGUGACCCAGUGUUGAUAACUGAACUAUACGCAAGUGCAGUGAGGCAAGUGAUACUUGCGACUACUGAGGACUUAUCAAACUCUUACACUAUUUAGUUAGUUAGUCGUACAAGUGAACUGUUUGUUACACGGAAACAAAUCAAUUAUUCCAUUAUUUAAAGAGAAAAUAGAGCUUUGUUGUAUCGAAAUAUUUGAUUAUUUUUUUAUAUUAUUUAAACGGUGAUUACGUAGAAACAAUUGUUUUUUUCUUUUCUUUAAUCUCUUUUGUAUAGUACAGUAGGCAAAUGCAGUAUAGUGGUGUGAAUGAGUUUUGAGGGUACUUUAAUAUUUAUAAAAGCAAUAUGAGCACGCUACAUGUACAGUAUGGCUUAUCUAAAUUAUCAUUAUUAAUAUACAGUAGAUGUUAAACUCGUGUGUGUGGAAUUGAUUAAAUUGAUUAUUUUCUUAUAUUUUUAUAUUGUAUCUUUUAUGUGUAAUAUUUUAUAUUUAGCCAAUUGUAAUUACGAGAUCUAGUUCUAUCGGGUCAAGUAACAAAACAUCACUCACAAAAGUCAAAAAUGUGAUUGAAAUUGUUGAAAAAAAAAAUGGCGAUUGUCUUUAUAUUUCAGUCGUAUGAUUAAUGAUGUAUUUCAACUAUUUGUUGACAUUUUGUGAGAAACAUGUCCAGAACUUGAAAAGUGCGUAGUGGAAAUUUAAUAAAUUAAAGAACCAUUUUGUUUGAUUAUUAUUAUUAUUAUAAUAUAAAGAGAUCUGUGAUGAGCAGACUUGUAUAACAACAUUAUAAUACCAAGUUGCCAAAUUUCAUCAGUAAAAUUAAAAUGGAAGUUAUGUAAAUGUUUAAUUUAAAUAAAGUCACUUUUCAUGGAGUGCCUAUUUGGACGAAUUAAACACGACGCGGGCUAUAUUUGCCCUUACCCAUCACGCCGCUUACUGAGCUUUUCCUUAAAGGCCGGCAACGCUCCUGUGAUUCCUCUGGUGUUGCAAGAUAAUGUGGGCGGCGGUGAUCACUUAACACCAGGUGACCCGUAAAAAGCCUGAGAAAGCCAAAGUUUUGUCAAUAUACUAAAUAUGUCGUUUUAUAGAGAACUCAUAGUACUACUCGGCCACAUUAUCUAUGGACCUCGCUGGAAUGUGAAGCCCCCCUCCAGUUCCCCUUUUCACCCCCUCGCGCUCGUCCGGUUGCAUCAGUACCGUUUGCAGUUUUAUUACCGUUAGAUACAUGAUAUUUUUCAUUGUUACGUUUUGACUAUUGUUGUUAAGAGUUCUGUAGUUCUAGGUCGCUAAUAAUAGUACUGCCAUUAAAUAAAUACUUUUUUUACUUAACCCAGAUACUUUUAUAGAUUUUUAUCAUAAUUGUAAUAAUAGUCAGCAUCACAUCACAACACCUUUAAAUCAAUCUAUAAUACUGACAAAAUAAAUCGUUGUUUAUUUAUUAAUAAUAAUAUCCUAGAGAUGCUUGUUUUGCACACCGUGACAAAGCGACGCUGUGACGUCAUCGACAUCAGGUCCAGAUAUUAAAAGUUCUAGAGUAAGUAAUUUGAUUGGAGUAUAUGUGUCAAUCUUUCAUUCACUUGUAUUAUUUCCUUUAGAGCUUUAAGCAGUACUGUUUUUACACGCCCACUGGAAACACACACAAUGAUACCUACACAUACACGCACACUCACACAUACACCAAUACACUUACAAGGGUUAUAACUUUUUCAAAUUAUUUACAUAUGACUUAAUAAUUAAUAACACUAUUUAUAUAAAAAAAAAAAAAAUAAAACUUAAAUAAUCUAAAAAAUUUAUUAAUUACAAAUAGUAAAUAUCAUUAGGAUCGCUAUCGGCAGGUAAGGUGCCCAUAAAGCUGGCAAUGUUACCUCUUUGUAUGGCCAAACUUAUCCUUUGACAGAGGUACGUACCAGAUCGGUCACCUGUUAAAUCGGUUAGAUGCCUGGAUAACUUUUUAUGAGUUUUUGUGCCGAUGAACCCCAAGGACCCAUCGUCUCCACCCCAAAGGGAACAAAUAUGUAUCCAUCACCGAGUGAUGAAUAUUUCCUCCGCUUUAGGUUUUCGGCAGAUUCCGCCGCUGCACCUCCCGCUCUGUUCAAUAUGAGAGGGGGCUAGCGUGUCCACACAAGUCGCAUCCCACACCAGUGGCUUUCCACGACUCCAAGGAAUCAAUGUCAUGCCAUCAGGCCUCUUACCACAAAAACGGUAAAUUUGGGUUAUAACUAAUUUUAAUAUUACAUUCACCACUCCCACUCAACACCUUAGGGAGGAGGGGAUGGCUGCAAAAACAGUGCUGCAUGAAACAUGAAUCCAUGAUCCCAUGUGAGGUGAAGCUGAGCCUUCCCAUUUUGCCUAUUUGUCUUAUUGCCUAGCCUAAUUUUGCACUUUAAUGUUCUGUAUGGCAAUAAAGCGCCACGCAUUUCGAGCGGGAAAAGUACAUUUUAAAUUAUUGUUGGGCCUGUUUGCAAAAGCGGGUCUAUGUCGGCUUUGCCGGGGACACCGGGAUGAUUGCCAGAAAAAGCGGGACGAAUGGUCACGUUAAGUAUACUCUCACCUUAAAGGUUACUAACGCAUCUGUUUAAACUUCAGGUAUUGCGCAUGAUUUUUCUCUUUCCAUCACAUUUGCCCUUUUCCCGUUUGUGUCCUCUUGUUUAUUAUAAUAAUGAGUAUUAAUAGUAAAUCUUUUCAAUUAAGUAGAUGAUAUUAGUAUUCGAAGUUUUAGUUAUGAUGCCCUAGUACCAAUCUGCUAUUUUUAAUAUUAAAUCCUUCAAACAUUUCUUCUUGGCACUUGGAAAAUUUAAAACUCCGGUAUAUAGAAUUCUAUUGUUAUUUCCAAUAGUUGUCAAUCUCUUAGAUAAUUUAUACGUCUAUAUAGUCUCUUGCUGUUAGACAACCGAUAAAAACAGGCCAGGCAUAUUAGUUUAGUGUGCGUGACAAGCUACGUCUUACACUCGCGAUUUGUAUGACACUGUGUUAGUAUGCGUGUCUUGCUCAAAAUAGAGCUUGGUUCUAAACUCGACGUUUUUACAGCUGUAAUAUUAAUAGUAUCUAGACUAUGAUCUAAGGUAUAUCUUCUGAUAAUACGUGUGAUACUACUUUCCAGUUCUAUUUUAUCGAUUCAUCUCAUCAUUCCAGCACUUAUGAAUAUAUUUUUUUGGUGAUUUGGUAUCUUUGUGACAUGAAAUCUGCAAAUUUAGUUAAUUUAUCCAAUUGUUUCAUUUAAGAGAUUAUUGCCUGCAUAUAUGAUGGUCCUUAAAAUAAUAACCUUCAGUUAUAGUAUAAAUUUAUGACGCUUAAGAUGUGAGAUUAAAACAAAUUAUGGGUGAUUCAAUAUUUUUGAGGGGAAAUGUAUGCACGGUGCGUGAUUUCCUUUCAAAAACUAUUGGUUAUAAAUAUUUAGUGCCAAAUUUCCGUACAAACGUGACCUUAUGUUAAAUCUAGUGGGUGUUUUUUUUAGAUAAAAUACUUGGCAAUAGCUUAUAUAUGAUAUUUUGUAUUCUAUCAUACAUUUGUAACAUACAUACAUAAAUUUGGCCAAAAUUAUGGCUUGUCACAAUAUUAUUUAGGGGGACCAACCAAAGUAGUUUGGAGAAAAAGUGUGUGUGUACUUAUGUAUGCACGCAAGAAGUUAUACUUCUUUGGCCUAACGAAGCAGAUAUCAUUAAAAUGAUGGGUUCCUCGAGCUAUGCUGCGUUUUUAGAAAGAACAAUUUUGUGAAAAUCUUGCAAAGAUGGCUUUGACAAUUAUAUAUUAAAUAAUCAAUACGGCUGUAUGGGCUUGAACCCUUUGCCUGUCCUAAUAAUGAAGAAAGAAACCAAAAUAACGAUUGACGCAAACGUCAAAAAUUUUAGGAACCAACUUCACCAUGUUAAUUUUGUGUUACAGUGAUGCACGCGCAUCUUAAAAUUUCACUCAUCAUUUUUUCAUAACGCGCCUAAAGAAGUAUAACUUCAAAAAUGCAUUAGGUUCUUAUGCUAGCUGUAUUAUGAGUUUUGUGUUGGUACUAAGUUGUUACUAAUAGUUGGAAGUUGAUCGAUAAAACUUGCCAAGUAAAACUAAUUAGAAUCAAUGUAAUACGGUGAAAAGCAAAUAUUGUAAUAAAUAUAUCACUCAUCCAAAACCAUUGACAUGACUGGUAGGCAACCACUGACCUGUAUAAAUACCACUGGACAGGCUGUUCUAUAUGUUUGACAGCAAAUUUUUUGUGCCUAUUUGAAGCGCCACUCGCGAGCGUCCAAAGAAAUAAAUUUGACGUAUAAUACAAAUGGCUGCGAAGGAACGUACAAUACUCAGAAUUAUUUUUUACAUUUUGAAUAAAUUUCGUUCGUUUACCGUGUUAUUUAUAGUUCAAGAAUCUAAUGUAAUAAAGGACACAUUUUUUUUGUAAAUAGUUUCCCACCAUCUAUCGAUGUUUGUUUAGCUGAGGUUGUCAUCACUAGUUUUAGUACCGCAGACUCUCGCUACAUGGCAAACAGCGCCAAAAUUGCGAAUUUCAAACAGGCACAAAAGCACUUUGACAGCUGCCACUCCAGUGGCAUAUAGUAGAGGUCUGUGUAGGCAACUCAAAGUAUACGAUUUCUAUGUGUGUGUGUGAGGGCUCAUAAACAUUAAGCGUGACAUUGAUAAUUUUGGUAUUUUCAUUGUUCAAACAUUGUUUACAUUUUUAUUUUAUUAUUUACGAUAUGUUGUGAUUUUUACUAGACCAAUAGGCAUCUAGUUAUUCACUCCCGGUGACCUCGGUUGCUUGAUUGAAUUAUUUGCAUUGCGAAUAUAUAUAUAUAUAUAUAUAUGUAUAGAGAGUUAUAUUGAUGUACUCUUCUUUCAUGAUGUUUGUUAUAAUUAAAUUAUUGUGAUGCAUAGUAUAGGGUAAUUUGGAUAAACUAUAUUGACACAAAUUAAAUUUGAUAACAAAAUUUAAGAACGAUGCGAGACUCAAAGUCCGCAGUCUCGCGUUCCGUGCGAGCGCUCUUCCAACUGAGCCAACCGUUCGAGUGACGUAUCGUUAAUAAAUCUUCUAAUAAUCUGUUAAUAGUCUAGUCCAACUCUCAGGUUGUCGCUUCAUCUACAGGAUCUACUUUACAGUUGAUAACCUGCUCGAUCCCAAUAUUUUCAUAUUAGGAAAUUGACUUAAUAUGUCGCUCUUGCAAAUCUAAACAGAGUUGUUUAGAUUAUCAACGACGCGUGACUCGAACGGUUGGCUCAGUGGAAGAGCGCUCGCACGGAACGCGAGAAGGUCGCUGGUUCGAGUCCCGCAUCGUUCAUACUUAUUGUUUUCAAAUUUCAUCUGUGUAUUUAAUCACAGCAAUGAGGGUAAUCACUUUAAAUAAUAACAAAUUGUUAGGACUAUAUUAACGUCAUCAACAGGCCUGUCUAAUCAAUUGUUUAAUUUUACCUACCACAAAUUGAAAAAUAUUUAUUUUCCUUUAAACUGGUAUUGGCGUGAGAGGCAUAAGCCACGCGGUAAUGCCAAGCAUAUAUCGUUUCAAUCAUACAAUUUUGAUUAUAUGCCAUAAACAAUAAUCAUUCUCGAUUAGGGGAGAACUGCCUGACCUAAAGUUGACAAUAUAUCUACGGAUCCGUAUAUCAAUAAUUUAAUAUAGAAAAAAUAUUGUUAAAAGAAACUCAAUAGCGGUCAAAUGUCAAAACGACCAAUAAAGUUAAAUAUGGAGGGUAGAGGCAAGGAGGAUCUGUGUAUGUGAAAAAGUGUCCGUCAAAAUGCAUUAAAUUUGGGUCGCGUUACAGUAGCAAAGAAGCGGCAAAUUUAAAACAAUACUAAUCACUCUAGGUGCACAUAAUUUAUAUGGUUAUAUUUACUACAUUAUUUUGUACAAACGAAGUUGUUGGAAUUUUCACUUUUUAACUACUUUACGGCCGUUCCCAAUAUUCAUUCUCUUACUUGAGGUAAAAAUCGUAAUUAUCGUUGACAGUUCUGUCUCAAUAAACUUAUCUGUCAAUGGGACGACGUAUAGCUUUCCAGCGAUUGUAUGGAAAUUGCAAUUCACGCUAUAAGGCGAAAGAAUGACUUAUCGGUUAUAUUGGGACAGCUUCAAAUUAUUGACAGCUAAUUACAGACAGUAGAAUCUUCAUCUGUAGAUAGUAUAUUGGGAACGGAGUUAACGAAGUCGACAAUAUUAAUUUUUUUAAGUCGGCAUACUUCAAUUCGAUUACAAUUACCUACUACAUUCACCAUACUACAUACUAUUGUUUUGUGCCUACACCAGCGCCAUUGUGGAAGCUUUUUGAACUGUUAUUUACUUUAUAAGCUGGACACUUCCUUUUCUCCCUUAAGAGAUUACCUCAACCCUCCAAUAAAGUUAAACUACAGACAAAAACAUGCGAUCCGAAAUUAUUUAAAUUGUAUGUCUCACUAGUUAUGUAUUUUCUUUCUAUUACGUUUAAUUAAAUUGUUUUAUAAUAAAUUCAUUUGAUUAUGGAAAAACUAUUUUUUGUUAAGAUUUAUUUAAUGAAUUACAUAAAAUCCACUUUAUUGCAACGAUCCUUUUACUCUAUGGCCAGUGUAUCAAAUCACGAGAUAAUUAAACUCAUUGUUACGAUAUCCCUUCAUAUUUUUUUUAAUUUAUCGUUUAGCAAAAGUUAAUCGCAAUAUAUUCACAGUAGUUAAGAUACUAUUUUGGUCCCUGUGUUUUUAUUUAAGUUUCGAACAUAUAGUGACAAUGUUUUUUUUAUUGUUAUUAUCUUGAGGCAAGUGGUGUAUGAAAGGAUCGUUGCUCGAGUUACAAUCUGCUGUAUAAAUAUUGUAGAUACGUUAUACAAAUAUAAAUUCACAUGAAUAA